UUUCAGAUUAUUUUCUUGAAAAAAAACACGAAAAAGGGAGGGAAUUUUCUGUUACUACUGGACAAAUUAAUGCUAAAUUUUUCAAACAUUUUUAUGAUUUCGUAGUUUGAGAAUCGAGAUUCUCAAACUUCUACCCGAUUUCUCUUCAUCUUCAACUCGAAGCUACCAACUAACACUGAAAGCAUCGUUCCGUUCCCGAGUAACCGAAACGACACCGUUUUCGAUCGAUGGUUAAGGGUUUGCACAGCCAAAACCUCCCCGCCGAUGUAGCACAUGUCGUCGAUCAGCUAGAGCGCCACUGCUUGGCUCCUGAUGGAUCUCUCAUCUCCAAGCCUCUCUACAACGAUCUCCAACUCGCUAGAGAGGAAAUGUGCAGGGAAAGACAUCGCUAUCUCGAAGCCAUGGCUAUAUAUUCUGAGGCUAUUGCAAUGGUGGAAGAGUAUCAUCAAGCCAUUUCUGUGUCUAGCAUCGGUGGAAUGAGAGAUACUGGAGGUCUUUAUCCGCAGUUUGGAUUGAGGAACUCUCCUCAGGUUUAUCAGACAUUAGAACAUCAAAUGAUUGUCGCUGAAGCGGCUCAGCGAUUGAGACUUCCUCUUAUUUCCAAAGAUGGAGAAGUUCACGAUGAAGAAAUUGAAAAGCUAAGUGUAGUGUCUCGAAGUUCCCUUGACAGUACUAGCAGCAAUGCUGUUAACAAUUCAAGCAUGAAUUCUUCUAGUUAUGCCACUCCAAACAGCUCUGUUAGUGGGGUUAAUUAUUCCCUUGCUUCUAUGGAUCAAGUAGAACCUGUAGUUGGUGGUGUUCCCAAUCGUUUUCUUGGAAUUACACCGGCUUAUUUGUGGCAGACUCAGCAUCUGAAAACACCAUUAUCUGUGGAUAUGACAGAAUAUCGCAUGUCUCUCUCACGGGAGGUAGAUGCUCGCUUGAAAAUGAAAUGUGAUAAGUUAUCAGACGCGUUUGUACUGGAUGACAAUGCUGAUACCUUGUUUCUAGAUUCAGAUUCAUCAUCAUCUGGAAGUCAAAGUUCAACUUCACGGCUUCCAGAAAGAGUGAAGUUGUUGAUUGAGGAGAUCGAAAGAGAAGAAGCAGCACUGAGGGAUGACCUUUAUUCUGCUGAUAGAAAAUUCGCUGAAUAUUAUAGUGUAUUGGAACAGAUACUUGGGGUGCUCAAUAAACUUGUCAAAGAUUUGAAGUUGGAUCAUCAACAUAAAUAUGAUGAGAUGCAGAAAACCUGGCUGUGUAAAAGAUGUCAGACCAUGAGUGCAAAAUUGAGGGUUCUCGAAAAUGUUCUUCUCCUCGGAACUUACACUAAGGAGUCUAUUCCCGCCCUUCAUAAGAUAAGGAAGUAUCUCGUCGAGGCUACUGAAGAGGCUUCUAUUGCAUAUAACAAAGCGGUUACUCGACUGCGCGAGUACCAGGGUGUGGAUCCUCACUUUGACGACAUUGCAAGGCAGUACCACGACAUUGUAAAGAAAUUGGAAAACAUGCAAUGGACAAUAGACCAAGUUGAGAUGGAUCUGAAACGCAUGUCAGAUAGUUCUACCUAAUAGAAGAUUUAUGUUUGUGUUCAUUUAACACGGUUUGAUUCUCCACAUGUUGUUAAUGGUGUUAAAGACAUGACUCCUCCUUUAAUCCUCCAUUUGUUUUGUUACUUUUUAUAUAGACCCACCGAUUUGAAACAUCAUACCAAACUAUUAAAGAAAUGUAAUUUCUUCAUCACACUAAUUUCAUGGAUUUUUACCUAAAA